GAUUACUUACUCUCCUUGUGUUUGGAUGAUGUACAUAUGCAUACGAACGUAUGCAUGUUAGUGAAAUUUUCUGCUAUGGGAGAAGAAUAUAUUCUGAGAAAAAAAUAUUGCCAAGUAUUCAUAUAAUUAUAUGUCAAAUUAAAAAUUCACUUAAUUAUGAACGAAGGAGAAAAUUUCAAUGCUUUAAAACAGUUAUUGUCAUCAUGGGGAGUAGAAAACUUAUAUGAUUUAUUCAAAGAAGAAGGGAUUAAUAUUGAGGAACUUCAAAUGAUGAAAUUGCAUCAUAUAAAUCAUUUGCUAAGAAAUCAUAGACUGGGUACGCGAAUACGUUUCGAAUACCAUUUAGAAAUUUGGCGAAAGCAAAUAAAUAUACCGUUGGAAAAUCAAGAAUUGAAUUCAUUAUGCUUUUGCAAACCGAGCGUUAAUGUAAUCAACAGACACGAAACUGCUAUCUGCAACGGAAAAGACGAUAUUUCCUUCGCAGAUAACGCAACGAAUGAAGGUCUUACAACCGAGACCGUUGCCGAAAAUAUUGAACUAAAUGAUGCUCAUUCUUCGGAGGCGUCGCAUCCCAGUACAUCGAAAACUCCAAAUAAGGAAAUCUUAGAGGAGCGUCAAGAAAGUGAUACUAAAAAACCUUCGGAGGAACCUCAAAAAGAUUUAUCUAAAGUAACGACUAGGGCUAAAAGUGCCGAAAGCCGCCCAAUAUCUUUACGUCAAAUCCUUCGCUUAGCCGGACCGCGUGGAAUGUCGAUUAUUAAAUACUAUCAACAAUAUAAAAAAUUCACUACCGCCCAUCGUACUCAAUUAGUUCACACAAUAGUAGAUUUCUUUGAUAUUCAUGAUUUUCAUUUAUCGCUUAAUACAAGUCACAAUUUAGAAAAUCAAAUAUUGAAUAUGUUUCCCACUGAAAAAUUAGAAUAUUAUCGUACAGAGAAACGUGGGAAAAUCUAUGUAAAGUUUUGUAAUAUGAAACGUUAUAAACGUGAUAGAAAUGUAACGAAAAGCAAAUCGGAAGAACCUCAACUUCUUCCAAAAAUUACCAGUGACAAUGAAGGCAAUUCGAACGAUACGAAUUGCAAUCCGUGGGACUUGAUGGAAACAGAAAUUCAAGUAAAAUCCGAGUGUAUUAGUAAUGAUGGCAAUGACGGAGUCAUAUAAGAGUCAUAUCGAAACUCGAUAUAAACAGUAUGUAUAGAAUGCAUAAAAUUAAUGAAUGUUGUUAUGGUUCGCGGAACUUAUUUGAAAGAGAAAUUCAUAUAAAACACGAAUGUAUAAGUAGUAAGUUUUAUAAAAAAUUGGUUAUGUGGGAAAUCGUAUGAGUAGAGUGCAUUAUUUUGAUGAAUUCAUUCGUAUAGUAUU